UCACUGUACACGAAUAUUUUAAAAACUGUUUUUUACCACGAAAUAAUUCCAUAACAUGUCUUUGUGCUGUUGGAUGUUGACAUUGAACUUUAUAGAGUAAACUAAAUGGCCUCCUAGUGUGGUGAAAGUGUAGCCGAUCAAAACAAAAACAAGGCUAGACUUGUCUGUCAGCUGUUUGUGCCUAGCUAGCUAGCUAUCUAGCUACAGUACAGCAUUUAUUUAGGUGGUAAAAGGGGCUACCGGGAUGACUAGUGUGCUUUGCGGCCGAGCCCGGCUGCUGAUAACCGGGUCUUCAGGGCGUCAGGCCCUUGCUACUCUGAAGGUGGGUCACAUACGCUCCUUCUCAGCCGCGCGCUCAGACGAGCCGUAUUUUGUCGUAUCACGGGGGGACUCGGAUUCAGGCCCCAGAACAGUGUGGCCUGACGAGAGCAUGGGACCGUUCGGCCCCCAGGACCAGCGUUUCCAGUUACCAGGCAACGUGGGCUUUGACUGUCACCUGAAAGGCGUGGCAGACCAGAGGAUGAAAGGGCCAGUACACUGGACUGUGCCUGAUGUUCUGACUGCUGCUACUCGCAACGAGAGACACGAGCUCAUACUGGCACAGUUUGUCGGCGAGUUCCAGGGCAAUAGUGGACACAGGAGGAAUAUUCAAAAGGCUGAGCUCUAUUUUGACCACCUAAAUGUGGACUGCUCUAUACAGUCAUGUCCUGAGCUGCUAAAGAAAGAUUUCGAAUCCUAUUUCCCUGCAGCACCAGCCAGUGCCAUCACAGUAGUUACAGUGAAACACACGAGGUGUGAACUGAUCGACAAAGAUGUCGUUGACAAAGACAGAGAACAGCUACUUCAUAAAUUUGUCGGUGGUGCUAAAGAGAUCUGCUUUGCUCUGUGGACAGCAGGGUUCUGGGCUGACUUUAUUGACCCCUCAUCAGGAUCAGCUUUUUUUGGAUCAAACGCCAGCCACACACUUUCGACAACCGAUGAGCAGUGGGGACAUUUGGGUUUCCAUAUCGAGACCUCCGGAUCCUGCACAGUUAUUCGUCACGUCCUCAGAGGAACUCCUAUAUUUGUUGGAACAGUUUUCACAACUGCACCUCCCAAUAGUCACGUUAUUGGAAGACUUCAAGGACAAUCAAGUGCAUUUGAAGAUGGGGACUAGAUUAAAAAAAAAAAAUGUCAUGCUCAGUGAUGCAAUGAUGCUCAAUGUGUCUCAUCAAAAAGACUGUACUGAAUUUUUUUCUUUGUUUCUUUGGAUAGUAAAACCAAAAUACUUGGUAUACAUCCAGACUAGCACUGAGAGACUGAUCAUAGGUUUGUGUCUUAAGGUUGUCUUGAAACACAGUAGAGUCCUAACUAUGUUAGCCUGCUUCCAAAUCUGUUUGUUCUGGCUUCCCAAAGUUCGCAACACUGAUCAAAACUGAUCUGGACCCGGCGACUAUACACUUGCUUUAAGUUAUUCAUAGGUUGUGAAGAGUAAUGCUAUGAUUGGUUGUUGACCACUUGAAGACUUGACUUAGGUUAUGGCAGCUAUGAAGGCAGCUAUGCUUAACCCAAUAACCACCUUGUGACCUUUACCUAACAUACUCUACAGUCAACAAUUUUAAACUAAUGUUUUGAGAUUAAAGCUACUCUUUAGUAUUUCCCUUCACUUGCUCAAUAUGAAUAGAAAUAAGGCCUCUGGCUAGAGUCUGUUGUAGCUGUAUUUAAAUUUAAAUGUCUGUCAGUAUAAAAUUGGUCCAAACUCUGUAUAUGGGAAAGUAUCCACAGAACCAGGUUAACAGUGACUAGUGUUUUCACAUACACAUCAAUGUUUGAUAUCAUUCAGUCAUUGCAUUAUAUUAUUCAACUUUGAAAUGGAUGUAAGGAAGUACCGAGUGACUUGAGGCAACACAACACACUUCUCAAAUAAGGGUUGAAUUUGCUUUUGUGCUCAUCCACUGUCACCCACUUUUGACAAGACUAAAAAUGUAGACACUG